AUGUUCGCGGGGCGUGAGUGGGGGCAAAAAGACAUCGCCGCCGCCGGCCCUGCCAUUGCACCACCCCUACGCCACCUACCGCAAUUCCGCCUCAUCGCUGAUCGCCAGUCCGACACCUUCCCCUCUGCCGACCCCCAAAUUCGAAGCAUUGACGAAUCCUACGGCGAGACGAUCACCGGCAUCGCAGUCCUUUCCCUUUGCUGGCGCCUCCUCCUCACACGCGACGCGAACACUGUCUGGCCGACGACGUAA